AUAAAUAUCUCAGCCCGAAAUAUAUUUCAGUAAAAGCCUUAGAUUGGUUAGGUUAUCAAACAAAACAAAAUACAAUCACCAAGACAUUGGUAGUACUAGAGUCUAGGCUAUGGGAGAGAAAGAGAAGAAGAUGAAGAAAAAGAGUCAGAAGAAGAGUGAAAAUCAGAAUCAGAAUCAAACCAAACCGAUAUCAGAUCUUGAAGUGUUUAAACAAAGUUCAGAUGUAAAAGGUAUUCGUUUCGGUGGGCAGUUCAUUGUGAAAUCAUUUACAGUUAGACGAGCGACAUCUCCAGAGCUCUUGCAUCUUUUGUCACAUUCACCUUCAGAGAUCAAUGAUGAUACUAAAUCCCUGCCAUUUCCUUCAACAACAGCUUUCUUACCUACAAAUUUUACAAUCUUAGCUCACCAUGCAUGGCAUACUCUAACAUUAGGCCUUGGUACAAAGAAAUCUAAAGUAGUUUUAUUUGUAUUUGAAUCUGAAAACAUGAAGUCUGAAAUCGAUCGUAUAUGGCCUCCAGUGAUUCCUCUUGGUGAAGUGAACCGUAAACUAAUCCGAGGCUUAUCAAAAUGUGAAAUGGCAAGAUUCAAAUUCAGGAAAGGAUGUAUCACUUUUUAUGUUUAUGCAGUUAGAACAGUUGGUCGCUCAGGUAAGUUUUCUUGCGCCAGUGAUCUUAGAACAAUUCUCCAGUCUGUGGUUGAACUCAAAAACUUCAUAGAUCAUACUGCUAUGCUCGCAAUGCCAAGCCAGCGAUGCAUCAGUAGUACUGCGUCAGCGCCGCCUCCGGCCACAACCAAGGCUGGCUGAUCUUUUUAUUUCUCUCUGCUAAAUCAUCCAGAAUUGUUUUAUUUUUGUGAUCUUUGUUUUGUUAUACUCUCUUCGUUUUGUUUUAUGUAAAUUUGGUAUAAGAUGAAUCAACUAUCAAGAAUCAAUGGAGUAUUUAUUAUGUGAUUAAUUAAUAGAGAAUCAGAUGCAAUUUGCACUUACUGUUUUCACCGAAA